AUGGCGCGCUCUUUCGUCGCAGUGGUCGCCACCAUCAUCCUCAUGGCUCACAUGAGCUAUGCAGGCACACUUCCCGCCCCCGUCCCCAAGUUCAGCCUGCCAAACGCGACGGCCCUGAUGGACGGCGCCAAGGCGUCGCUUCGCUCCAGCGUGCAGGCCAUGGUGCUGAACCACCUCAAAUUCAAGCCAGUCCUCUGCAAGAAUGGCAAGCCCCUGGUGACCUGUCUGUGGAAUGUCUGUGAGGGCAAGUGCACAGGGGAGAACCAGCUCUGCGUGCCGGACUACUGCGGGUCGUGCGGCGCCACGUGCGUCAACCUCACGCUCCCCGCCGUCAAGGUGCCCACCCUGCCCUCCUACACCAUCAACCUCAACAAGUCGCUGCCCACAAAGACGAUCCACCUCUGGAACGCCUCCAAGGUCCCCUCGUUCACCAUCAACCUGCCGACCAAGAAAAAGAUCAUGCCCACCAUCUCCAUCAAGCUCGUGGGCAAGACCAUCUCUGGCACCAAGACCCUGCCUGGCUUUGAUGUCAAGGUGCCCGCCGCGGUCGCCAACAAGACUGCGGCGGCCGCGUCUGCGGCGUCUGCCGCCACCGGGCUGUUCAAGCUGCCCUCUCUCAAGCUGCCUGGCCUCGGCAACCUCACCAAGGCCCUGCCCUCGUUCGACGACUUCUGCCUCAAGAACGAGGUCCUGAACAUCACCAUGAUGACCGCCAACCCCAAGCUCUUUGCAGCCAACCCUCGCAUUGCCUGCAGGCAGUGCCCCGUGGGCACCAUCGCUCAGGGGCUGAUGUGCACGAAGUGCCUGCCCGGCUUCUAUGCCGACCGCGCCCUGGGCAAGUGCAUCAUCUGCGGCGCUGGGACCUACAACAACAAGAUUGGCUCCAGCACCUGCGCGCCCUGCCCCGUCAAUCAAUUCGCGCCACUACCGGGUGCCUUUGCGUGCAUCAAGUGCCCCAAGGGCUUCGAGUCCAACGGAACGGCCUCGAUCAAGUGCAACUUCGUUGGGUUCGGCAUGGUGUAA